AAGGAAGGAAGCCUAGGGCUUAGCAGGUCCCCAGGGUCAUGGCUCCACGUUCACAGCGACAAAAGCACAAGAAACCCCCAUCAGUGGCUCCCAUGGUUGUGAUCCCACCCACAGUAGUGACUCCUGUGCCUCUGAAUCUCUCAAAACCUGACCCUAGCAUUGAUGCACUUGGCUUCUUCUCCUUGGACAAUAAUGUUCCUGGUCUUUCCCAGCUGAUUCUUCAAAAUCUGAACAUGAAAAGCUAUGAAGAAUAUAAGUUGGUGAUAGAUGGGGGUACCCCAGUAGCAGGCUUUGGAUUUCGAUGUCCUCAAGAAAUGUUCCAGAGGAUGGAGGACACAUUCCGAUUCUGUGCUCAUUGUAGAGCCCUCCCCAGUGGACUUUCAGACUCCAAGGUUCUCCGGCACUGUAAGAGGUGCAGAAAUGUCUAUUACUGUGGCCCAGAAUGCCAGAGGUCAGAUUGGCCAGCACAUAGGAAGGUUUGUCAAGAGCUUCAUCUUGUGGCUGUGGAUCGCCUCAUGGAAUGGCUUUUGGUCACAGGUGAUUUUGUUCUUCCCUCGGGACCUUGGCCAUGGCCAGCUGAAGUUGUACAGGAUUGGGAUGCCUGGUUUUCUAUGAGGGGGUCACAGCUAGAAGCUGCAAUGAAUGCUGUGCUAGGUAGUCAAGCUAUGACCACCCUAUGGGCCAGUGUAAGAAGGCCAAGGCCAGACCCAGAUGUCCUUCAUGGUUCUUUGAAGCGGUUGCUGACGGAUGCCCUGUCACGGCCCUUGACACUGGGCCUAGGUCUUAGGGCUCUGGGGAUAGAUGUUAGGAAGGCUGGCGGGAGCACAUUGCAUGUGAUUGGUGCUUCCCAUGUGGAGACAUUUCUUGUUCGUCCUGGGGACUAUGAUGAGCUUGGCUACAUGUUUCCUGGACACCAUGGCCUCCGUGUGAUCAUGGUGGGUGUGGAUGUGGCUACUGACUUUUUACAGAGCACCUCAACUUCACCCCUGGAACCUGGAGCAAUUCAACUUAGUGGCCAUAGGGGCCUCUAUCAUGACUUCUGGGAGGAGCAUGUAGAGACUGAGCAUCUAACGCAUCCAGAUUUGGUGGUGGCAUUCCACCCAGGUUUCCAUGCCUCUGUAAGCUUGAUGGAAGCUUGGCUACCUACCCUGCUGCUACUUCGUGACUAUGACAUCCCUACAUUGAUUACAGUUUACAGCCAAAAGGAGUUGACAGCCUCUUUGCAGAUUCUGGUGAACUUGGAUAUACACAUCAUUGCUUAUGGAGUUAACCCUUUCACAUCCCUCAAACCUGAACAGGUUUAUUCUAACCCCAACAAGCAGCCAGCAUACUGCAACGCCUACUACAUUAUGUUCCUUGGAAACACCUCCUGCCAGCUAGAUAAGAAGCAGGUAGAGGAGAAGGUAGAUGAUGAUGUUUAAAUUAACUGAACCACAUCCUGACUGAAUGCCUGGAAAAUGGGGACAUUGCAAUGAUGUUCUAAUCAAAUGACUGUGCUCUGCUCGUGCCAAAUUGUUGCCAACUGUUAAGCCUACUGUGUUGUGAAAC